CAGCAUUAGAGACACGAGCUGGCCUUGGAAAUCCAACCCAUUUUCCUUGCAAGGGACGGAAAGGCCGAAAGAGACGGCAAAAGACCACUUCAACUCACCAAAGAAGGAUGUGGGCUUAUACUGUUGGUUUUACUGUCCUGCCUCAUGUUGGAGGAUUCCUUGGCUGGUUCAUUAAUCGCAAAGAAGUAUCUGUUUGGUAUGAGAAGCUAAAGAAACCUUCCUGGUGUCCACCCCGCAAAAUAUUCCCCGUUGCUUGGACUGUCCUGUACACAGGCAUGGGCUAUGCCUCUUACCUGAUCUGGAAUGACCUGGGUGGCUGCAACAGCAAAGCCAUCAUCCCGCUUGGCCUCUAUGGGGCUCAGCUGGCCUUGAACUGGGCUUGGCCUCCCUUCUUCUUUGGUAUACGUAACUUAAAGAUGGCACUGAUUGACAUCCUAUGCUUAGAUGGCCUAGUGAUAGGCACGAUGUGCUCAUGGUACCACAUUAACAAGAUAGCAACACUGCUGAUGGUGCCUUACUUGGGCUGGCUGGCCAUGGCGACUUGUCUCACAAUCCGCAUCUGGAAGGACAACCCUGAGAGAAAACCAGGAAAGACGGAAUAAGAGCUGGACAGAAAUGAAGGCAUUUUGUGAAAUUAAAUUAUGCUGAUGUGAACCAAGAUCUAGUAAUUUAGGGGAAUUCACUUUAGGACAGGCAUCAGAACAUGCCUCUUCCUCUCCCUUUCAUCAAGGUUGUGUGAAAGAAAAGCUUGCACCACGCAUCUGUGUGUUGCUUUAAGGUAACCAUGCAUCUUUAACCUGGGAACCUUUUCUCCCAGCACUGCAGAGGUUGUGGGGCUACAGUUGUAUGGUGACCUUAACUGUACCAGGUCAAAUUCCAUCAGCCAAACUAGGAUCUCUUAUACCAGUAUAAUUCAGAGUAGCAAUCCUGGAAUCAGUGAAACCACUCUGAAUUACCAGUCCCCAAGACAACAGAACUUGUUCACACAUAUGGUAGAUCUUUUUCUGGGACCAAACAAAAAUGCCUUUCACUAAUUUUUACAAACUUUUUUUACUUUUUCUUUUUUUUUUUUUUUUUUUGCUCUUCUUGCUGUUGCUUCAUUUUCAUGUCUCAUCUGGCCUGCACUUCUUACCAUUACCUUUUUAUCUGACAGUUACUGAGCAAGUGGUAAUCUGUCUUGUUCUGCCAGUGAAAGGAGACUGAGCACUCUGACUUCUAUUUGUGGAGUAUCACACUUCUUGAGUUUCAUGCUCCAGGAUAAAGCAACAAUGACUAGAAUGCAAAUGCCUGCCCCAAGAGGAAAUUUUUUCUCUCCCACCUUUGUGUGCUAUUCCUCACCAUAAAAGAAAAACUAACAUCAGUGCUUUUGAAAAAAUACUUAAAAUAUUUUUAAGUACUGAAACACAGGAGCUUUUGUAAAAUUAAAAGCUUUUUUCACAUUGCCUUGAAGAUUGAAAUUACAUGACUGCCAAAAGGUCCCACGCAAAGUCUGUCAGGUGCAGUACAGAUAUCUUACCUAGGAUCUUUCCAUUCCUAAAGAUUAAUCAGUCAAUCAGGAAAGAUUCAACUAUGCGUAACAUUCAAGAGAAAUGGGCCAACCCACGACACAGAAUCAGAUACAAAAGGUGAAUGGACUAGCUCUUGUCCAUCCCUUAUUCUGGCCCUUGUGUUUGCUAGAUCUAAGACUUAAAAUGUUGAUGUCUGUUUGGGAAUAUUUACUAUUAUUUUUGUUAAUUGAUAGAAGCAAUGUAAUCAAAGAAAAGUGGUUUAAUGUACCUUCUUCCUGGCAGCUGACUGUAGAUUAAGGUGAAUGGGUAAAAGAAUAGGUUU